AUGAAUUGGAUCAGGUGUGUUAUAGUAUGGAAAGAAUCAUUAUGGUUUGCUUUGGAAGAAGCUGGAAAAUUAGAACGUGAAGCUGCAAUUAAGGAAGGAUAUGUAGAUUCACAUGGCAUUCCAUAUAUAACUGAUGGAUAUUUAGAUGGAGGAUGGUCUAAACGAAGCUAUGGACAUACGUAUAAUGCAAAUUCUGGAGCUGCUGUUAUAAUAGGGAAAACAACAGGAAAAGUAUUAUUCGUAGGUGUAAGGAAUAAAUACUGUUGUAUUUGCGCUAGAGCCGAAAACAAUAAUGAAGCUGCUAAAACACAUAUUUGUUUUAAAAAUUGGUCCGGUUCAUCAUCUUCAAUGGAACAGGAUAUAAUAGUAGAGGGAUUUAAUAACAGCAUAGAAAUGCAUGGGUUGAAAUACUUAAAAUUUAUUGCAGAUGGUGAUUCCUCAGUUUUUAAAAAUAUUAAAGAAAAGGUACCAUAUGGACACGAGGUUGUUAAAAUUGAAUGCAUGAACCAUGUAUUAAAAAAUUUCAGUAAAAACCUUUACAAAAUUAAAAAAGAUACUCAAGGGGUCCCUGUUGAUGCCAGAAAGAUGUUAAAAAGCGAUACUAUUAAUGAACUAAAUAAAUCAGUUCAAUCUGCAAUUUACGCAAAUACGCAGGAUCCAGAAAAUCUAAGAGCCGAUAUUAGAAAUUCAAUAUAUCACGUUUAUGGAAUUAUAUCUGAAGACGAAAUUGUGGAGGUCAAGUGUUCUUAUAAGACCUUCACAUCUGGAUAUUCGUUAGAAGAGGGGAUUAUAAGAAAACAAAUACCAUAUUUGUCAAUGAAAGACAAUAAAAUGGCACUUAGGAAAAAUCACGAAUAUUACUAUCAAAUACAAGGCCAACUAAAUAUUAUAGGAGCUAAACGAUGCUAUUUUAUUGUAUAUUCAGGGCCAAAAAAUAAAAUUCACGUCGAAGUAAUUCCUAAAGAUGAAGACUUUUGA